GCGCAAAACUGAAUAUUAUUUCAAGGAAUUGCCUCGGAGGGAAGAAAUGCUUAAAAAAGCGAAGAAAAUAGCAUCAAAACUUACCCUAUUGAACCAGUCAUUUGGGAAUUUGCAUAGAAUGGUUGGACACAGCAGGCAUAUAGAGGAGUGGGAGUUUGACAUCAUUGAUGAAUGUGUUAAAGAUUACUGUCAAACAUUUAGGAAGCUGUUCCCCUAUGAAUCAAAUCCUCUUAAAUUUCACUUUAUUGAGGAUCAUCUUGAACCGUUUAUACGAAAAAUGAAAUGUGGAUUAGGUGUUUUAGGAGAACAAGGCAUUGAAGGAUUACACAAACAGUUCAACGAACUUGGAGUUCGAUUUCGCAGAACUAAAAACACAUUGAGCCGCCUGUGUAGGAAAAAUGGCAGUGAUGGCUGUUCGAUGGGAUUUGCUAUGCUUUGGUUUUGCUGUUAUCUAGUUAAAUCAUGGGUAUAGAGUAUUUGUAGAUUUUUUUUUUGAGUAUUUGUAGAUGGUAAAUACUACAUUGUGACACAUACAGAUUCAUGAAUAUAGUUUUGGUUUGGAUUUGCUACUGUGUAGAGUUGCUGUUUUCUAGUUUAAAUAUAUGCACUGUUCUAUAUUUUUCUUUAAAAUUACAGAAAGUUUUAAAAAUUGAUGUGUAUGCUAAUUAAUGUCUACAAAUCUAUUAGAAGCACACAACCCUAAUAUUUG